AUGGGGGCCUGUGCCUCUCGAGACGGACAACUAGUGCAGAACGCUUCGCGGACGAUCGCGGAGCUACCUCGUCCAGCAGCCGACCAGCCGAUGGAGUCGAAAGACAUUUGGUUUGAUGAAGAGGAACCCAGCACCCAACCUAGUCCUACUGCACCUACACCAACACCGAAUGGAAAUCGUAGGAGGAGAAGACUCUCCGUCAGCACCGUAGAUCAACCCUCUGAGAAAAAAAGAACUGCUACUGUCAAAUAUGAAGACCCUGUGCGGGAACUAAUUGAUAAGAACCGACGGGGUCUGCGAGAAGUCACUCUCCAAAUGCUCAAGGAACUAUUCCCCGCUGCAGAGCACUACGCCGUCUUCGGAAGCCCCAGCUACUCCGUACAACGAGGAUUCGAUAAUAAGGUGACGGAGAUCGACGGAGGAAUGCCGCCGGGCAGGACGUUGAAGGAUAUCGGCGUUGGGUAUGCGUGUAAAAAGGGACUGAAGCCGGAGAGUCCUAAUCAGGAUGACUACUAUGUGUUGAAAGUAGAUGACUGGUCUAUGUAUGGGGUGUUUGACGGGCAUGGUCCGCAUGGGCACCAUAUCUCGGCGUUUGUGCACAAGACGUUGCCGUUUCUAAUAAUUUCGGACCCGGAGUUCGAGAGCGAUUUGGAGGCGACGUUGAUCCGCGCUUUUAAAAAGGUGCACCAGUUGGUAGUGGCGGUGUCGGACUUGCAGGGUAUGUUCGAUUGUUCGUUGUCGGGUACGACGGCAACAGUGGCGGUGCAGCGGGACGGCAAGUUGACGGUGGCGCAUGUAGGGGAUUCGACAGCAGUGUUGGCGAAACACGCGCGUGCGGACACACAUGGUAGGCAUACACCGUCGGACGGGAGGCCGACGGACGCGGACUUCCGAACAGACUUCCGGGCGGAAAAGCUGACGAACGACCACAAGCCGAUGUUACCGGCUGAGAAGGCGAGGAUCGAGGCGAAGGGCGGGGAGGUACGGCGCUUAGAAGGCGAUAUUCCGCACCGUGUGUUCGUCAAACACCGCAUGUACCCGGGACUGGCCAUGUCGCGUGCUCUCGGGGACAGUGUGGCUGCCAGUGUAGGCGUCUCCCACGAGCCCGAGGUUCGAACUUAUGACCUCUCGACCCAAGACUUCUUCGUCAUCGCCACAGACGGUGUCUGGGAAUUCAUCGAUGGCCAACAAGCCGUCGACAUCAUCGCAGCUUUCCCCUCUAACAAAGUCGACGAAGCCGCUGAGGCGCUCGCCUAUGAGUCGUGGAAACGGUGGGUAGAAGAAGAAGAUAACGUUGUUGACGACGUCACCUGCAUCGUCGUCUGGACCUAA